AUGGAUUCACUCUCAUCCGUCUCGCCUUCCAUUGGUCUCCCUGCCACCAGCGACCCCUUCCGCCUCUGCAGCCGUUGGCGACUCUCCGUGGCUCCUCUCUCUGCUUUCCAAAGCCAUGGCAUCCGUCGUCUUUCUUCCUCCUCCUCCUCUUCUUCUUCUUAUUAUUUCGUCGGCGUCUCGUACUCUCUUGAACGUCCCAGAAGGAGAAUUAGUCAAGUUUCUUUUAGUCUGAGAGGUGGAGCUGUGGAAGAAGAAGAAGACGCCGACGGAAGAGAGGAUGUGGAGAGGGCACUUCACCUGGACGGUACCAUUCCUGGAACUUUGGGUGAGUUCGUGAAGCGGAUGUCGUCGCGUGCCUACGACAUGCGUAGACACCUGCACCAGACCUUCAAUAGUAGCAACUAUGAUGGUAUUGCUUCCUUCUUCUUUGUUCUGAUUAUAGUCGGUAGCAGCACCAACCUGCUCGCCAUACUCCCUUGUCAUACGUCCUAG